CGACGCUAUCAGUAUUCAGUUGUUCCGGUCGAGCUUUACGCGUCGCACGCGUACAGACGGUGUGUACCAUCGUCGUUGUCGUCAUCUAUCGCGGUCGUGGUCGAUACCGCUCAGUUUCGGUUAAGUUUCCUCUCGUUAAUCUUUCGCGUUUUGUUUUUUCCUACCGUUUAUUGACCACCAGUACUAUAUCGUUCCCUCUCUUACCCCACUGACGUAAACAGUACUAUAAUACUAAUAAUUAUUAUUAUGAUCCACGUUAUUAAUUUUCUGUGACCCGUUAAAUAUUUGACAACGACUCUCCGAGGACCCGAUGUGAUGAUGGUAGCCGGCUAGUUUCGUUUUUUCUACAGUCGAAUGUAAUUGCUGUCACGAACGUUCAGAUUAAAUGUGAAACACUGAAACAUAUAAUGUAAGAACAUUUUCAAAAACUACGGAAAGGACUAUUUGUGAGGCUAAGUGUGUCCAUCUGAAAUAAUGCAAUAUUCGUGAAACGCUUAUUUUUUUAAAGCCGAGGAUACAUCAAGAUUUCCAAAGAGAACAAUUCAAUGAGUAUCGAUAUGAAGUAUAUAAUAUAUAGUUACGUACCGACGACUCGUACUAAGCUUGAGUAAGAUACGAGGAAAAGCAUUAUGAUAAUGAUACCGAAACAGACGGCUGACGAACGACAUUAAAUAUCAAAAUAAGCAUGACGUAUUGGCUGAUAUUCAUGCUGUCCAUCUGGCCGGUUGCAGUCUCUUCAGAGGGUUGCAAGUUUCCGACCAGAUGGGAGGGCGUGUGGUUCCAGUCCGGUAUCCGGCAGUCAAUCGUCGUGCAGGCCAACCGGUUCAGUAUCAAAGGCAAAUGCGUGGACUCAGACGGCGACAAGUUUCUACUUUCGGACGAGAAAAAGCAGUGUUACCGGUGCGUGGUCAUUCACGAGAAACAUCACAACGUUCUCCAGUACAAAGAGACCUUUUGCAACGAAAUGGGCACAAUAAAGACAAUCUGUCAACUUAUUACCGGCGACGCGCUCCUGUACUCCAUGUUCCGGGAGUCCGGAAAUCCAAUGCAGUGCCCGUUCAAGCCACCAUACACGUUCACGUACAACCGUGGUCAUGGCGACUGCAAGAAUCCAGUUUCCACAGUUGAAGCUUGUACCCAGGACUCGAGGCUGUUGUUCCGGUAUCAGGCGUGUCCGGAUGUCGAAGGGUCGGAGAGUGCGCUUGAAGAAGUCGAAUGCAUUGCCGGUUGGAAAGAGGGUUCAUACCGGUUCCUCGUUGGUAGAGUUCAUCAUAGCAACGGUAUACCAAUGUCAACUGAAGACCGGUUCAAGUGUUUUAUAUAUGAGCGGACGACAUCACAGAGACAACUGAAAGGUUCCAGUACUUCUGGAGACGUUGAGUAUAGAGUGGCACAGUCCGGCGAUGCUACAUGCAGUGGACUUUUUAGUCCCCUUGAAGGGUCCAGGACUAUGAUAUUGAAAAAGGAAAUAUUUGAGACAAAAUGCAGCUUUCCAUUAUGGCUAACUGAAAAUCAAAAGUGGCGGACGUUGGAUCAUGGUAAAACAUUCACAUUUCCUCAUCAUCACAAUAACAACACGUUGAAGCUAGUAUCCAGCUCAUUGGAUCACGUGUUCGCUGCACAAACCAUACAGGCUUCACAUCAGUUUUUCUACAAUCAGCCGUUAGUAGCGCCUCUACCCGGACAUGAGAUGAAAUUCUCUUGUCAGCAAGAAAUGGAAGAGUUACCACACCGUUUUAGGGUUAUGGCGCACUACGUAACUGGAUGCCAAAGCGGAUAUAUUUGUUUAGACUUCCACCGGAGGGCACACGACUUGGCAGAACUUCAAAUGGGCCAGCCAAGCAGGAGACCCGAAGACGCGUGUAACUCUGCGAACUUUGAUGCGCACGCUACGGAUUCAAUUACGCUAGUGGCUUACAAGUCGGACUUUCGAAAUUGCCCUUAUAAAGGAAUUUACACGAUAAAAAAAAUCAGUAAAAGUAUGUUGUGGAACGAUGCAUCUUCAACUUUACCGAGUAAAACAAAUCUAAAUUUACCAGUGGACUUGUUAACUUCCGACAAUCAUCCGUCUAUUGUGUUAACUACGACUUCACCGCCUUCACCCAAACGUCACUCCUCUGAACACUACGAGAAAUCGUCGGACGAUUGGAGUGUGACGUACAAAAAGUUACAACCCGACUUACCAAGUCUUGUGAGGUCUAGAAAGAACAUAAGCAAGGAAUUCGAACGGUUAUCAGAAUAUGACGAUGAUGAUGAGUCAAUAUUGCGGAGAGUCAAACGGAAAGGUCGACGAAUAUUGAGUAGUAAAACAAUCACUGACGAAGAAUGUAAAUUGAACUUGACUUCGAUUGUGUUCUCCUGUGGAUCUACUGACUCAAUAGAACUAGUGGCAGAAUGUCCUCGAUCGACACACAUACGAUCAGCCUACAAGUGUCACGGGAGUUGGAAAGAUAACGGCACGAUGUACCAGAUAAUCAGCAGCAAUUUGCUGUCGGCAGCAGGCUGGAAGAAGCUGUACUGCCUUGCGUACGUCAAAUGGCCUCCAGACCGCCUGCAAGUGUUCGUAUACGCAGAUAACUGCAAUCCAAACAACAACCGUACCGCGGCAACUGGGUCCGACGAAGGGCUCGUUUUGUCAUUUAACAUUUCGCUAUCACCAUCUGGCGAAAAACCGUGUAAUGAGGUCAACAAGUCGACGGUCGUCGAGGCCACCUUGACCGUGAUAGUGGUCGCCAUUGGUCUGCUCUUCCUGCGGCAGCAAUCGAUCGACAGAUGAUUUUCGUAUUAAAUUGCGCAAAAUCUCAAAACCAUAAUGUCGCCGCCGAAAAUAUUGUGUGUAUACGUCAUUGUUUCGUUGUUUCCUUAUAGCAAAUGCAUUUUGACAAAACUUUAUUUUUUUUCUAAAUAGUGUAAAUAAUAUUAUACUAACACACAUGCAAGCGCUCGAGCGAUUAUCUCUAUAAUAGUUUGUGACAUGUAGAGACGGACGAAAAUUAAACAUAUUUUGUGAUGCUAUUUGAGAUUAUAUUUUAAAGAAAAAAUUUACGUAACGAUGUAAUCAACUGCUUUUUUCGUUUCAUAAUAAUAAUAAUAAUAUGUACGUAUAAUAAUGACGGUGAAUAGUGUAUACGUAUAUAAGACUGAUCGCCGUUUCCAUACCUUUCCGUAGACGCAUUUUGUUCGGUUCGAAUUUGUAAGUUCGGGGGGUCGGGUGCAAAAGAAGGACGCGGCAUAAUAUUUCUGUACGUGGCCGUUUCGACGGGAUGAAUAAUUCACUCGACGGUCGAGUAUCGCGUUCUAGUAAAAAUAAUAAUAAAAAUUCUGCAAUCGUGCAUAUAGUAUACUAUUAUAAUAUAAUAUUAUCCGCGCUACUAUGUCGUAUGUAGAUAGGAACAACUUUAUAUAUAUUUAUUAUACAUAUAUUAUAUAGAUACUGUACCUCUCUUCGUUAUCGGGACGACGGUGUUAUGAUAUGGUCCACGAAAGGGGUGUAAAAGGGUCGAUGACGUGAGGAGGACGCACUCGAACGCGGCACGCAUUAUAUAACAUUAUAUUAUAAUAAUAUACAGUAGUGAUUGGUGAGGGACGCAGCGCAGAAAAAAACAGAGUUUUCGAGUGUGGAGCCGUUUUGUCCCGCGCAGUUAUAAAAAUAUUACCUAUAUAUAUAUAUAUAGAUCGUUGUCGAUGAAAAUUAUUUCGAAAACUCGCAUUCGUCGGCGGAAACGGAUACGGAGCGCGCGUGACGUACUACACAGUCUAUGGCGAUCGUUUCCAACCGGGAAACUCUGUAAGAGAAAAAGAUUGCAUUCGAUGCGCGUUGGGUUUAAGACACUAUUUUAUUUUGUAUAACUAUAUAGGCAAUUAUUAAAAUAUGUAAUAGUGUUAUGCGAGCAACGCGCAAAUUAAUGGGUUUUUUUUUAUGUGUUUUGUUUUCCAUUCGUCUCGAAAAAAAUGUGUAAUGGAAACGCGGGCAAUAAUAUUUUUGUAGAUAUAAUAUUAUAAUACAAUUUAAUAUAUUAUGAUGUACAAGUGUAACAAUCAUAACAGUAUGUUACGUGUUAAAACCUAGUGAUAAUUUAUUGAACUCGUGUAUACGUAUUAUUAUGUUAUAUUAUUAUUAUUAUUUAAACACGGCGCUAUAUACCUAAUACGUACGUUUUGCGAUGACUUAAUCUGUCUCGUCUCUCUCCUACGCGCAUAACGUGUAAUAUGUCAUAUUUCAUGUAUUGUACUUAUGAUAUAUAACAUGUCCACAACGUGUUAUAAUCGUAAUAAUAAUAAUAAUAUAAUAUCGUAUUCACUAAUAUAUAGCAAUAAUGUUGUAAUUCAUCGUGAUUCUGUUAAUUUUCGUAUCGUUAUAAAACGAAAUUAAAAUAUAAUAAUAUUAUAUAUAAAAUAUAUAAAUGUAUAACAUUGUAAUAUCCCAGCGCGUUAUUUUUUUUCAUUUUUUAUUACUAUUAAUUAUGUUUCAGUGUACUCAUAUAAUAUACUCGGGAGAGCUCAUCCUGGGUCGGCGAGGUUAUCGUAUAUUUUCUUUUUUGGAGCAAAAGAGUGUUAGAAUGUUCAGUCGCAUACAGCAGCCGGUUAUUACAUAUUAAUACAUUUUUAGAUUAUUUAUUUUAUGUUUGUUCAACAUUUACGACUUGAUAACGCAUACUCGGAAUCCAUACAUUAAUAUCAUAAUAAUCUCUACUCGAAAAACAUUCGCAGCGUACAUUCAAGUAUCUUCAAUACCGUAUUAACUAUUUUGUUUCGUUCAUGUUAUAUUUUUUUCUUCUCAUUCUCAUAUCAUGGUAAUUAUUCGUUGCCAUGUUUCGUAUUAAUCAAUGAUUACUACACAUUAUUAACAUUGUACGUACUAAUCGAACGGGUAAACUCUGUCAUAGUAGAUAAUAAUAAUAUAAUAUUUUCAAAACGUUUUAGUAUAGUAAUAUUAUUAUAUAUUUAUAUUUAUUUAUAAUAUAUUAGACGAAUACUAAAAAUAUAGGUAGGUGUUAUUUCGAAAUAAAAGCGAUAUUAUUUUCUAAACCGUAAUAAUUGUAAUUUUCCGGAAAUGUUCGGCGUUGCGCUAUUUUUUUUUCGUCUCGUUUACUCAAUUCAUUAUUCUAGCUUCUUCAAAUCGUUGUUAUAAUAAUUAAAUAUUUUUUAUUGAUUUUAUAAUACGCGUGAUUUGAUCACUUGCGAGAUCGCGUACACUGUAGAGUACGCCUAGACAGUAUAGACAAUGCCCGUACCCACUGCACGGGAAUUAACAAUAAAUAUAAUUAAUUAUAAUAUUAUGAUGUUUAUUUUUCAAAUAUUAUGAGGGGCAAAUCGACUGAUUGUGAUAAUAGUUUUACGUUUAUAUGAAAAAAAAAUUGUAAUAAAUAAAUGAAUACUUAAUGAUAAUGAUUUUGAUUUGUAUUAAUUUAAAAUGAAUUUAUAAGCUAGUUGACGGCUGAGAGUAAUUGAAUUGUACAAAUUUCGCAAUGAACUUGUGAUGUUCUUUUUUUCGAUAAAUUUUUUGUUUUUUUUUUUUACAAAAAUAUGUUAUGUUAGACCUAAUCAUGUUUAGAUUACGUAAUUAGACGAUAAGGAAAAUGACGUACAACAUAGAUUUAGUAUAUUUGUUAUUGUAAUAUUAUUUAAUUUUCUUUUUUAAUUUGUAUAAUUUUAUGAAUAGUAAUAAUUGGAAUUUAGGUGCCUUGAUUAGCUCGUUGUUAGAAUCUUCUUAUCUAUUUGAGAGUACAAAAUACUGAUUUGGAAAACGCACAGUUUCCGCUGAACACGCACACAAUGGUUAUGUAUUUAAAUAUGCGUGUGUACGUGUGAACGAGUGUGCUUCUAUAUUAUAUAUUAUAUAUUAUGUUUGUUUGUCUGAUUGCUUUAUAUAAAACAAUAUGUACACAAAACGAAAAUGUUAUGAAUUCUAAACAAAAAGAUAAAUACCUUACGUUAAUAUGUAUAUUAUUAAUUAAAUUGUGGUCUGGCGACGAUGGGCUCGACUAAACAUUGUCGAAGUUAUAGAAACUAUUCUUCUCAUACGCGAUUCUUUUCUAUUUCUUCAAAAAUACACUACGACAGAAUAUUAUUGUAAUAUGGCAAUAAUCGUUAUAAAAUACCUAUAUAGAACAAAUAAUUUUGAAGCUCGAUAAUCCUAACGGUAAUGAUAUAAUUUACUUUUGAGAGUCGAAUUAAUUUUAAAUUUUUACAAUACUAAAUAGUAAAUACGCAUACAACAAAAUAAACAUAAUACCUCACUCUAAAAUAAAACGGCUCGGGGCCAACUCAACCCAUUAAAUUAUUUUCAGCAUAGGUAUCGGAAACGUAAUAUUAUAUAAUAUGGAUUUUUUCUUGGUUACCGUAUUUUUUAUUCCAAGCACAAAGAUAAUUAAAAAAUCAUUAGCAACGUUACGACACACUCGAGUACACCGCAUGUUACAUGCAUUAUUAUAUAUAAAUCUAGUUAAAUAAUAUAUAUUUAAGUCACAGUUAAUACUUAAUAACAAUUUGUUACCGAUGUUUUUAUUUAUUUAUUUGGUUUUUUUUUUUUUUGUCAUUGUUGAACUAUUUUAGAAUUCAAAUCUGUAUUGUUUAAACGAUUACCGGAUAUUAUAUACAACUGAAAAGUAGAUUAAAUUAUUAUUAUUAUUAUUAUUAUUGUAUAACACGUUUUUUAAUUUUCUUGUAGCUAAAUGAAUAAAGUCUUUAGUUCAAUAUUAAACAUAUUUAUGUGGGUAACUACAUAAUAUUAUAUUUAUU